AGAGGAAGAAAAUGAAAAAAUGCACCCUCACUACCUCCUUCUACGUUAUUCCCAUCUAAAGAAUAUGAGAAUUAGUAAUUGCUGUGGUUUGAUUUUGAUAAGUCUGCGGCUUCCUCUCACUAAAAAAAACCACAACCCCGUAGAGAUUCACAACCUCCUGUUCGUCAGGCGCUUUUCGCCUGUAUGAGAGGCAGUGAGGUCGUGGAGAAAAAUGUUAUACUAGACAACAUCAACAUGGUUCCGGUAGACAAUGGAGGCUGACGUAUUCGUUGUCUCAAGACCAUCGAUAUCGUUACUGAUUAGCCAAGUACUAGGACAAGGAUGACUGGAGGAGGCACAGACUCUUCGGUUAAGGCUGUACCUAAUAAGUACAUCUUUGGACAUCACAUCCUUGAUGAAAUGUAUGGGCGAGGAGUAUCCAAAGGGAAUACUCCCCCAUACUUUUCAAGGAUGCACUUGAAAGAUGAAUUGCGGACAGCUUUAAUUCGGAGCAGCAGCCUCGCUGCUUGGGAGGCAGCUCGGAACAGUGCUGCUUGAAAGGCCAGCGCAAGCACAGAUCGCCAACGUCGAAAACAGCACAGUUUACGAAACUAUUGAGUAGAUCCGCACUAGGAAAGGGUCGAGUACGAUCAAGCAGAAGUUCGUUUCACCGACGGAGCUCGAUAAGCUAUCCGCUUCUGAUUGCGGCGCAGACUUUCUUGGCUACAUUCGUGUCGUAUGUGCCAGUCACGACCUCGUUUACGCAUCGGACGGAGUCACGACCCUCAUUUUUCGACCUAUUUUCCCAGAAGAGAAAAGCGCGUGAGAAACAAACGGCUGCAGCUUCGCGCAUAAAGCAAAACGAAGCAUCUGCACAGCAUGUAUGAGACAGAGAUUGGGCCUACCUUUUCAAGUAAGCAUAUCGAUAAGGGAAUACCUUGAAGUCAAUUUGACAGUUCCUCUAACCCCAUACCCAAGCUCACCUGGUAAGAAGGAACCGAAGCUGACUGCGCACAAAAAGUCUGGAGGCUUGUGUCUGAAUACACUGCCGCCGUGCAACCGGAGGCAGAUUUUAGAGAACGACAGGCGGUUCUGCAAUGCAGAACGGAUUCAGUACUGUGGACACCACCUGAAACAAGUGCAGAUGGAUGAUCUGAGUUAUGUCUACGCGUUCUUUAACAUCAAGUAGGUCUUUUCUUGUAGCUUACAAUUACAGGAGUAUCUAAAUCGCAUAUGCACUGGUAGAAAAACUGCAAAACGCCAAAAAAUGUAGUUGAACUCUAAAGAUAGGCGGGAUCGAAUACCACUGAGUCGAGGUACAUUCCGAAACGCACAGAGGAUGCUCGAUCGCCGCGUCGCUUCGCCACCAAAUCAACGACACUUAUGACGGAGUGGUUUGAACUGAGAUAUAGAUAGGCAUACCUCAGGAUUUGUUUGUAUUUUUGAGGCCGGUGAUGUCUCGAACCAUUUUUCUGUAAGGAUUUACCAACAUGUUGACCAUCAUCUAUCAAAACAAGAGAGACCACAUGAUUGUGAAGAUAAAAAAUAUAACAAACUCUCUUUAUAUCUGUACGACUUGUUGAUAUGUGUUUCCUUCAUACCACUUACGGAGAUCGGUGCUGACCCUGAUUCGAGUAGUGAAGAAACGACUGCUAGUCCGGAAGCAAGGGAGGAAGGAGGAGACCUGUCCCAUCGGAUCCGGCCGUUGGUGAUCCUCGUGGCCGAUAAGCGGAACCACGUGUGCGGUAGCGAGAGGCUUGAGCCCUACGAAGAUGCCAAGGAAAACCGAGAGUACGUGGUGCAAUUCAACGUUAAGGAGCAUACAGAUACAGUUUUUCAUCACAUCUUUCUUGUGUGUGGUAGUUCUGCUGUGGACGGAGUGUUUUUCCUUGGUCUUCAUGGGUUCUUUUUAUCUUUCCGCAUGGUACUUGAUUGCUUAUUCUGGACUUGAUCAUCUAGUACAGAAUGGAGUAGCGGCUGCGUCUGCAGUAAACGACUCAAUAUCUUUCCGCAUUGUAUCCUCUCUAACAACGGUCCCCGACUGGGCCUCCCGCAUCUGAACGAGGGAAUCACGUGCGUGGGUCCUCCGGAAACAGGCUGUCCCGAGGUGUGCUACGAGGUGCAAAUGAGAAGCGGAGAGUGCUGGGGCAGUGAGGAAGUGCCGGUACCCGGCUCAGAGGGAGAGGAGGCAUUGCUCACGGACUUCGGCUGUAUGGGUCGAUGCGGGACCGGGUGUGUAGGCGACGACAUUGCAGUGCAAAAGUGUUCCAACUGGGGAAGAGACUGUUUGAGGUAUAAAUCAAGAAGGGGAAGAGACUGUUUGUCUCGGUUUCUUGUUGGAUGUAUAAAUAUUUAUACAUCUAGGUUUGUUAGGACGUUCCUUUCUUAGUGGACGUUCCUUUCUGAAGAGACUGUUUGUUGGACGAUAGUCAGUUUCUCUUUCGAUGGCUAGGCUGAUGCUGCUUGAGAAAGUGGCUUUACUAAUUGUCAGUCUUGAUUCGUUCCAGACUUUCCUAGUAGUCGCACAUUGACUUUUAUAUUUCUUAGUCGACUACUCAACGCUCACGCUUACCCCAUACCCGAUUCUUUCCAGGUACGACGUUUGCAGCUACAUGUAUGACGGGCAGUUAUACAAAGAGAAUCCGUUGUCGGAUCCCAACUGCGCAGACGAAUACUCGCUGAUCUUUGACGAUCUGCGAAGCGGUUGUUCACCCUAUGAAGACGACGUGGAUAUCUAUUCCAGGGACUACUGUGGCUUGCGGCCAGAGCACGCAACCCACGUCUGCUGGCAGAAGCAGCGUGCGAUCUGUAGCGCAUGCAGCGUCAUCGGUUUAAGGCAGCUGGGACCACGAUAGUCUCUCUUAAUAGAAUAUUGAAUUUUAUCACUUAAUUCUUUUACACCUUGAUUCUUUUACUAGUCCUAGUCAAUAGUAAUUUCUGUGUAUUAUUUUCUCACUUAUUACGGCGAAGGUUUAGGUCCAGCGACGCUCAAAGCACUAAAUAAAACAGCCGGCUAGUUUUUACCUCUCAAACUUAGGCGUAUCCGAUGAAGCAAAAUAUUUCAUCACUUGUUUUCUGUUUCAUGGUUGUGUACAAACAAGGGAGUCUUCUAAUCAUCGAUAAGCAAUUUUUUUCCGGCGAAAACAGGUGGCGACAGAAGUACGGGCCACGAGAUCCUAGCGAGUUUACAUGCUACUUAUCCGCGGGUGGGUCGAUGGAGUUCGAGGCCACAAACGUGGGUAAGGACGCGAGCGAUGCAGCUCUGUUAGGCAAAACAGUAGGUGAUCGUGCUGAGGUACUACAUGGAGGUAUCUCUGCUGCUAAGAAAUCUUCACCGGGAACUAACGAAACUGGGAAGAAAAAGGAUCACAUGGAUCAAGCUGCUAUUCCAGGACGUAGUGCGGCCUCCAGUAAAAAAGCCGGCGCAAGAAAAUCGAAGAAAGGAAGACGGAAACCGGUUAGCGCCGAAAUUAUUUUCAAUGCGGAGGACCCUGAAGAUGAAGAAGAUCCAGCGAAAUUGGAGAGAGAAAAAGCACUAGCUGGCGAAACCGAGGUAGCGGAAUCUUCGGAGAGCUCAGUUACGAUGAAGAGAAUUCGUGAUUCAACAUAGUGACUCAUUUCUUGUACUAAUUCAUUAGUACGUUUCGUACAACUCAUACUUCCUUGAUAAUUGCUAACCUAAGACUGCCUGUAUUUCUCGGCUCUUAUCUCUUGCUUACCAGUCAUUACCAGUGCGUUUCGUACACAAUGGCAGGCAUUGUUCGUGUCCUCCUCGUUUCUAGGAAUUGAUGCUCCCAGUAUUUUCUAAUUCACCAAAUGAAUAGAAUUGAUGAAGAUUCAGCAUACUUUUUGUUACUGAUAGUACUCAUGAUUCACCAUUAUAAUAUAUGGUUACAACUGAUAGUACUACUUCUGAACAAUCUGCAGAGAGCUCCAGCUCCUCUAACCUGCCCAGAGAGUGGGAAGCGCAAUCCACGGACACGAGUGAGGGCUGGGUCGCUGGUCCGGGUACAGAUUCACCAGAAGCGGCAACGAUGAUGGACUUUCCAGAGGCUUUCGCCCAUCUCUAUCGUGUACAGGAAAACCAUCUGCGCUCAAGUGCACUCGGAAUGUGCACCAAGGAGGACGGAAAGAAUCGAGUCACUGGGAGCGUAAGUUAUGCAGAUGGUUUGGGAGUAGAGGACUUCUGAACAGAACUGUAGUAGAAGACUCUCUGUACUUACUAAUACUACCUCAAGUACGUACUAGAGCAGGCCACUAUUAGAUUUCUGAAUAUCACUAGAUUAGAAUCAGAAAGCAUGCAUAAUGUCUAGGAAUAUUAGAACAACAGGAGAUUAGAAUCAGAAAGCAUGCAUAAGUUCGACGUAUAAUUGAGUAUUCACUCUUCAAAUAGGAAAAGCAAAUCUAUGCCCUUGAUCAUCCAAAGCAAAAAGCCCUUUUUCAUACUGCCGUGCAAGUCCGGAACGCCAAUGAUCCUUGGGAAAAAAGGGAAUUUUGUAAGAGAUUGAAGACAGCUAUCAGGACAGCUAUGGAGGCCUUUGUCGAUGCGGCGCAACUCGAGAGAGGGGUUCAAGUGCAAGUGGACUACUGCUCAUUUGACUCGAAACCGAUGAAGAGGAUUGACUUAUGUUGACCUACGCUACUAAACCCUAGAGGACUACAGACACGGGAUUACCAACAAAACUUGCCUGACUACCAAAAACAUGACUAGCUUUCAUCUCAUCUUAGAUUUAGUGCUUGUUUGAUACAUGUAAGAUUCUUGUUCUAGUACUUAUAUUGGGAUUUCGUCAUGUUCUUCUUCUUUGGGACCGCCCAAAACACAGGACUUUCUCUAACCUUUGGUGACAUUUACACGGAUUACACGGUCGAUGGACAAGCGUCGCCACCGGACGUGCCUCCACGACCCGCUUUUACCGCAGAGAGAGCGGAGCAUGAGCGACCAUUGUUGUCGGAAUCCACAGGGUCAGACGGCACGGAGAUGGCUCAAGAAGUGGGUGAAUUUGCUCAAUUGGUUUAUGGAAAGAGAGGCGAAGCGAAGAAGGUGAAAAUGGCAUCGAGAGUGGAGGAACAUCAGUCUUCAAGCAAAACAUCUGAAGAGAAAGCAUCUACAAGCAGUAGAAAGACAACUAGAAUAAAGUCAAACGUUCAUCAACAUGGAACUACAACAAGUAGUAGGAAGACAUCUUCAACAAAGAUGGAGUCUCAUCUUCAAGAUGAUGAACAUAGUACUAGGGAUGCGGAGUUUAAUACUAGGUCCACAGCCGCAAAUCGAAGGCGUGGCCGUUUCAAGAAGAAGAGGGCACAUUUUUUUCGAGCAAACGCUGAAGUCCAAUCUCACUCACAAGAUCAAGAUUCCUUCAGACCACGAGGAACCAAAUCUGUCAACAACAAGCACAGGGAAACACCUUCAACUUCAUUCGUGCAGCUAGUUGGAUCCUCUUCGGCCUCGUCGACAGCUGCAGCAUCGCGCACCAGCCAGUCCACACUUAGCGAAUCGGAUCCAUCACCCGUUUCCGCAGCCACGUCGACAUUUCCCGCUUCCAUGGCGAUUUUGAACGACGACCCCGUUGUGGGUAGCGGCUACUGCGUGGAGGCCAAGUCUUUGCCUACCAGCAAAGUGGUAGUGUCUCUCUCCCAAGUCGACCGGAAGCGACUAUUUGAGAGGCACGAGCUGGACAGGAAUGGUCUUUCACAACAAGAUCAUGAUCAAGAAAUGCUGCUACAAAGACAUCACGCGAUGGAAAAGCGGACUGAAAAUACGAGGAAACAUCUUCAUGCUAGAAGUUCUGGUAGGUCAGGACAAGGUGACGAGCAGCUACCUCCCAAGGGGAACGGGGGAGGCGGCGACGAGGAGUUUCGUCCGUAUACCCCAGGCCACCUGCCAGGUGUAGAGGGCGGACUAAUCCCACCGUAUCUUAUGAAUUCCACACGAUCAUACUGAAUUCCAUCCUUCUGUUUUGAUUUGUACUAUAGAUACUUACAACUCUAUGCUAAUCGUACUGAUACAUUGAUGCAAAAAUCAAUGUACUCCUUACUAUCUGGAAUCAGUAUAGAUAGUGCGAAAAUCAAAGUGCUGCUUACUAUCUGGAAUGAAAUCGCUGUCCUUGCUUCCGUAGAGGAACCGCAAAAAAAUUUCUCAAAGGUUGACAUUCUAAGCCUCAAAGCGAUUCAAGUAUACUGAAUGAUCAGGAGAUAUCUGGGGUAUUCGGUUUCCAAGGGGAUGAGCAGAUUAGGGCGCAGCAGGAAGAAGGUGGGACGAACGCUGGAGCCUUACCUAGUUUUGGGAUCUUAGAAGGAGACUCAGUUGCUGGUCUUGACGGUCUCGCAGCAAGAAGCAUUUCCGAUGGCCUGGACUGGUAUGUGGACCGAAGAAGUCCUCUAACGCCAACAUUUCAGUUAUGGGGAAGACUCAAGAAGUGUCUGCUCUCAUUCCACCUUUCCCUCUAGUUCAUUUCACGAAGAAGAUGUUGAGAACUACUGAUUCUAGAAGAAACAUUGUUCUACUGAUGUUGAUGAUAGAUUUUCCAUGUCUUUCUCUGAAUCCUGUUCUCCACCCCUAUAGAGGCUGCUUUCUUCAUAUUCUGCUUAUUUUCGGCACGCGGACAAGAAAGUGAAGGAUCCACGUGACUUGCGCGAGUCGCAGGCUAACGUUAAGGCUGUACCUAAUACAUCUUUCGACGCGUCCUUGAUGAAAUGUAUGGACGAGGAGUAUCCUGCUAAGGGAAUCCUCCCCCAUACUUUUCAAGGAUGCACUUGAAAGAUGAAUUACGGAGGACAGCGCUAAUAACGCAGGAGCCACGCCAAGGAUAGGCCGAACGUUGGACGUAGAUCUGUGCUACCGCGUGACUGGCUUCUCCUCCCACGCACCUGCCAUGCGCUUUGGCAUCGACUCGGAGCGUUUCGUGCACUGUCUGGAUCACCAUGUCCGCGCCACAGUCGAAGGAGCAGUUAUCAAUUCGGAAGUUCUGCCACAACUAAGAAAGGGUUGCUAAAGAAAGGGUUACUAAAAAUAGGAGUACUGGUAAAAAGGUUACUAAUAUUGGGGCUGACAGGACCACGACUGGUAAAAAGGUUACUAAUAUUGGGGCUGACAGGACCACGACAGCGCCGGCGCUUAGUUAGCAGUAGAUAAGUUCUUGCCUGACUUUUUUUUUUUCGGUUUUUGUUUUUUCUAGUUAGAUAUGCUCCGCCAACAAUAUUGGUAAAGAAAGUCAAAAAUUCGUAGAACUCAAAGAAGAUUCAGGGAAGUCGUAGGUCCAAUCCGAACGGACUAACAUCAUCAAAAUCAAAGAUCAUAUUCAGGCUCAGGCUAUCCAUCAUAGGAAUAGGAGGCCAUGCUCCCCUACUUAUACGAUCAACAUUCAUCUUCACAGAUAUCAAAUUUAUGUCUUAUCAGACCCCUUCUGACUCCUGGGGAUUCUGAAAAGAUGAGUUGAGAAGGUUGAUUUUGAUAGAUUACUUUAAAUCUAGUUUGAGGUUCUAAGACAAGGAGUAGCAGUAGAUAUCCACGUCUACAGGCACAGACACCAGGCAGUCCUUCCAGAUUCGGUUUUCGGGACCACAGCGUUGCAACUUGGAAGGGUACCAUUUAUCAUGAGAGCUAUAGUUCUGCUAUAGUUCUGCUAUAGUUCUGCAUUGAAAGCACAAGGCUUAUCCCCUCCUUACUUGUCAGAGGGGAUAAGUCUAAGAAUAGAGGGAAAACUAACCGGCUGCUUUACUGUAAAAUCGGUUAGCUUUCCCUGUAUUCUUAGGCUUAUCCCUUCUGACAUUGUAUUGAAAGUCAGUGACUGACUUGGUCAAAUCACUUUAACAUGCCUACUUCAUUCAAAUUAUACUUUUAGUGAGUCUUCCAACUCCCGAAUAAGUAUCUAUAAGGAUCAUCUUCACUUCAAUCCUUAGUGAGUCUUCCAACUCCCGAAUAAUAUAAGUGUAAGGAUCAUCUCUUCACUCCAGGUCCGCCCUCAGCUGCAGGCGCCGGAUUUGCCGCGAAUUACGAUUGCAGAGCUGCUGGAUUCACAGGGUAUGCUUAGUUAAGGCUAUCGCUGGAGCAUGCUCAGCAUCGUUGCUGGCUCAUUCCCAAUUAAGAAAGAGCUCAGAUGAGAUGUUCUGAGGAAAGUAAAUCCGUAUUAACCUCUAACUUAGACCAUCGUGGGACACUGAAGCUUUGCGAGCGUUCUGGAUGAGCUUGGCGCCAGGCAGUGUGAAACCACCACACCUUGUCGCAAAACGAGACGAGUCGAAUGAUAUGUGGGUUAUGAGAACAGUGCUGGUGAUGUGUAUCUCGUAGAAAAGCUUUAAAUUCUUAUAAUUUAGAUUUACAUCUCAGGGAAAAUGAUUCCAAGAGGCUUUUCUGCAUUCGGGCGUUAGGAGUGACACUUUGCAGCUUCAUAGUGAUGAAUAGUCUUUUUAGUCUUAGUCACACCUUUCCGUUCCUCUUGUUUUAUCUUCCUCCUUCGUCCUUCCUCCUCGUAUUUUUUCAUGCGUAGCGCUGGCGACGCAAGUUCGGGUAAUUAUGGUGCUGCCGGCAACGCGGAGGAGGCACGAGCAAGCAGCGGCGGGACAGCUAGCAAGGUUGGCGGUAGUGGGCAAACCGACGCACCUCCUCAACCAGAGAAAGUGUCAAAGGCUUUCGAAUUUGAGGUUCUCGUCAAUGGCAAUGCUCCGAAUACACCCUCACUUGUUUCUUCCUCCUCAACGCAAAAUUAAGGCUCAAACUUCAAUGGUCAUUGGGGUUGGUCACUGAGAUCGAAGAGGCGACCCCUUGAGAGAACAGUGGAAAACGAAGGGAAAGGAGGGGAGAGCUUUCUUUGGCGGGGGUUUCUUCCGUUCAGAGUCAGUGGCCAUUGAGUGCUGAGCUUUAACAAAAGCACCACGACCAAGACCAACGUCAUGGUGUGAGUCCUCUAUCCCUGGUGACGUUGGUGGAGAGCCGUGUGAGCGCGCGACACAACGCGAAGGAGACAGCUGGAGGAAAGAGGAAAACAUCUUCGAGUGCCCACCAUCUGCACCGGCACGGCAUUAGUACCCUGAACAGGAACAGCACAAGUUAUGAAGAGAAAAUCUGUUAUCAUUAAAUCAUGCUUUUCUUCUUCAGAAACUUGAUAAUGAUAACAGAUUUUCGUUUCAUACAAGUAACAGUGCGUCGAGUACCUCCUCUUCUAGUAAAUUGUUGCUCCCUCCGGUAAAGGACGAAUUUUUGGUGGAGCACGUAGUGUCCGGAACGAGCGGGCGAGAGUAUUGCGAUCGUGCGUUUGGAGAAAGGGUCGACAGCAAUAUUCGCUUGUUGCUACUCGAUUGUUUGCAGGAUACUGAGUGUCAAGCAGUGACGAUCAACCCUUCACUCACGUUGGGCUGGAAAUGCGCGUCGCAGAGAAUUUUAGACAGCGAAGAGGAAGCGGCCAAAUUAUGGCAAGUUGUCUUCUUCAGACACUAGAAAUAUAAUCUGGAUCUGGUGUGGUAGGUGGAAUCCGGUGUGCUACUAAGAGGUGGAAGAUAAGUGGAUAAUGAUCCUGCGUAGAAUUUUUACUUAUAUCUAUCAAUCCUCUUGAUUGAUUGAUUUCAAGAGGAAACCAUGGCCGAUAGAGGGAGAGUGAAGAUCAAGGAACCACCUAAAAAUGGAUACUACAAAUAGUGAAGAUUACCUCUGGACGAGGCGCUAAUCAAGCAGAAAAAGAGCCAAGAAGGCGGAAGCACAGCGGGUGGUGAUGAGGAGGACCCGGACGCCGCUAGUUCUGACGAUGACGCUGAGGAAGAGGCAAUGUCGCUGAGAAUUCGAAACUGUGAUAAGUAUUUUCUCCGUUACGGUGAGCUGAAGCGGGAGUGCGCACUCGGCUAUCGCAUCGUGCACCGCGACGGGCUGGACAACCCACGCGAACCGACUGCUGAGGAAAUGGCCAAAUACGUCAUCAAAGUAAACGCCACGAUCGAAAAUGCUGCUCUCGCUGCUCGCAAACUCACGAAGAAGAGGCUGUCAACCGCCGCGGAACUAGAGUUAUGGGUGUAGGAAAUGCAUCUCCAAAGUCAUCUGGACAAAGAAAAUAAGAAGGAAAACGGACCCAGAUGCUGAUCUGUGAGAUGCAUUCCCGAAACCUCUAAGAGAGGACGCAGCAGCCAAAGCGGGAGACAAGGAACCAGAAGCCGACACUGAUUAAGACUUGAAGAUCGAAUUCAUUUUCAGCUGUCAACAUUUUCCUCCGUGUCCGUUUCCUUAAUAUUGGGAUAAUUCUGAAGAAAUGAACUGAAGAAAUGCGAUAUUUUCAGCGCUAAAGUGAAGUCGAAGAGGAUAUAGAAGAUCCUCCGCCAGAUACCAGUGCGACAGAAGAUGAGGAAAUAAGUACUAGUGCCGAUGCAAACUCGACAACAGCGAGUCCAACAGCAGCAACGACGAGUCCUCCGGUUAGUGGAGGCGCCAGUCUUCUGCUACGAGUGAACGAAGGAACAGGUUUUUCGUUGCCGAGGACAAAAGACGAAGGGGCGGCAACUAAGAGACCAUCAGGAGAUGUUGAACAUCUUCGUGUAAGGGAUGCAACUAGUUCCACAUCGACAGGAAUUUCAUCGUCUCUUUCUAUGUACAACGGUGAACAAGAUGACCAUGAGCGUGACAACAACAUGAAGAUGAUGACAUCGUUAGAGUUGGCCUCUGCAGCCUCAUCUGAGACGGAAGAUGGCGGUCGUGGGGUUCAUUACUACAGAGAUCGCAAAAGGAAUUCUGGCAGGCCUUCUCCCGUUGUAGGGAUCUCGCGGCAUCGGGAUGAAAAUAUGGAGGUGAUUAGUAGUGCUACGAAUAGCCCAACAUCGAACACGACAGAUGGUCACGACAACGAUGGCGAUUCUACUGCGCCGUCAGCAGGCGGUACAGCGUCAUCGAAGUCGCCCGGCUCAACAGGUCAUGCAACAGCAGGGAAAGGAGCAGGAGCAGCGAACACGACUACCAUAGGGAAUGCUACUAUUAAGGCUACAAGAAAUCCAUCUUCACAGGCAUCUUGGUCCCGUUUUUGAAGGGAAAACGAGACCCAAGAUGCUGCUCAAGAUGGAUUUCUCUUAGUUCUAAUACUAUAUCCUCUGGCGCUGGCAGAACAGGACCACAAGGACCAGGAGCUUCUAACGGAACUACACAGAUGGCAACAAAUACCUCAGAGGACUCCUCAUCUGCAGCAGGCGAUGGGUCAGCCACUUCGGCGACUGCGACGGGUGCGAAUGGUGGUUCGUCGUCAGAUAUUGCGAGCACUGUUGCCGCUGAGGUGCUUGCAGAAGAUGAUGAAAGUAGCACCACUGACCCAUAUCCGGCACCGACGACAAGCACUCCAUUACGGGUGUAGGGAAUUCAUCAUCUCCAAAUGAGUCAUCGGAGAGAGAGAGAGAAAGACAAGAGGAAAAAGGGACCCAGAUGAUCCCUGAGAUGCAUUCCCGACACCUCUAACUCCAGCGCCGACGCUACAAAGUGUCCCGUUGCCGUCGCCCCCAACGAAAGAGAAACUGGCGAGACUAGCGAAUCUGACGCCCCUACAGCGACUCCUAUCUCGGUGGGAGACAUUACCUCUAGUCGACGUUUUGCUCGAUUAUGGUGCAGCUUCUUGAUUUGUAAUUACUUUGCGAUGACUUGUUUUUUUAGUAGAAGACAUUCAACUUCUUGUUGUAAAGGAAAAGAACUUGAGCUCUUCUCUACUAGAUCAACUUCAAUUGUUCGGUAUACUAGUAGAUGCGGGACUUGCAGGUGUUGAAGCAAGACUUGCAGAAGUUGCAUCACUGCUACAAACAUUACCAUGAUUUAUAAGUAAUAGAUACAAAAAUACUACUACUGUUAGUAAAUAAAGGACUACUCUGUGUCUGUCUAAGGAAUACAAUUACUUCUCACUCGAGUAGAAAUUCUAAGAUACAGCGAAGGCAGCCACGAAUCGGUUCUACUGCGAGGACGAGGACUUAGAUUUUCGAAGACGCUACCAAGAUGUGCGGGGAUUGAUUCGCGACUGUUGGGAGGACGAUAGGUGCAAGGGCUUGUUCGUGAACCCAGACAUGACACUCGGAUUUCAGUGUCACAAACGUGCUAGCUGUUUUACUUAAGACCAUGAAAGUUGAUUUUGUGAAGGGAAACCGCUUAUAAUUCCAAACACAAGUUGUAGAGAUCAAUCUUGAGAAGAUGGCUUUUUUUCCAAGAAGUAGAUGAUGAUUAUUUGGAAUUACAACAAAAUCCGUUUUUCUUACAAGCAAAUCCCGUUACCUCCGUCACAACAAAUCUAGUACCUAUCUAUCAAUCUAAGUACUUAUUUAUUAACUUCUUCUUCUAAUUCAGUCUCCCCUUCUCCGACCGUCCGAAGGUUUGCAGUACAGGAUGGCACAGCAUGCGGCGAGUGUCAGUCGACGAACCAGAAAAGCUGCCAUACACACUGCAGAGGGGACCGAAUGACUUCGCAGUCAAACUCAAGACUUCCGCUCAAGCAUUUGGUGCGAAGUACGCUUUCACAGUCGAUCCGCAGCGGUGAAAGAUCUUCAUUUAGUACUAGGAUCUUCAUAUAGUACUUCUAGCAUGCUCUCACUCCAGCACUCAUUGUAGUAAAAGUACUUUUUGAAGACCUGAAUGAACAGAAAAAUUAACGAUUGCCUCUAUGUGGAUGUGAGCAAUUUACCUAGUAAUCGAACAAGACAAGUAAUCAAACACGACAUCAACACUUUUGCUCACCUUCAAUAUCGACAUUCAAGCUUCUAGCACGAUAGUACGUUAAUACACCUAGUCAAUAUUCGUAGUUUGUUACACAUGACAUCUAGCGAUUCUUGAUUUGUUUUCGAUCUUAAAGUUAUACGGUUACCCCUAGUCUUAUCCCUAGAAGUUCUUUGUUUCGUUUUAUUUCUGGUUACGCACACUAGGUCUUACUCGGGGUAAUUCGGUAAGUUGUGAGUCCUUGAUGGUUUUCCUUAAAGUUUGUUUCGAAGUCUUCUAGCAUGUCCACUGUACAGAGAUGUUUUUGAAUACAUAAUUUAGCCAUGAUUGAUUACAUGUCCAGUUUUUUUCUGAUGGUGAUGAACAAGAGUGACAGAAUGUAUUUUUUCAUGACCACUAGUAGCGCAUGAUCAUGCCAAGCGUAUUUGUACAAAGAAAUGCAGAGCAGACUCCAUCACGCAGGUACGGCUAUCAGUUUCUGUGCAGGCAUUCAGCGACUCAAUAGAAGAAAAUGACAAGUGCAGUUGUUUCCAGAACCUAGUCCAAAC